AUGCCACCAGUGACUCCAGACGCCCCGGGCGAGGGGACCCCACGAGGGACCGCGGCGGGAAAGGCCCGCCGCUGGGGCAGCCUCGCGAGGCAGGCGCUCGCAGGCGAGAGGGAGAGCCGAGGAGCGCCCGGCUGCCGCGCCACCAUGUGCGAGCUGUACAGCAAGCAGGACACCCUGGCGCUGAGGAGGAAGCACAUCGGGCCCUCAUGCAAAUUGUUCUUCGCUGCGGAUCCCAUCAAAAUAGUGCGAGCCCAGGGGCAGUACAUGUUUGACGAGAGAGGUGAACAGUACCUGGACUGCAUCAACAACGUGGCGCACGUGGGACACUGUCACCCGGAAGUGGUCACGGCUGCCCUGAAACAGAUGGAACUGCUAAACACAAAUUCUCGAUUCCUUCAUGACAAUAUUGUUGAGUAUGCCAGGCGCCUUUCAGCAACCCUGCCGGAGACGCUCUCUGUUUGCUAUUUUACAAACUCAGGAUCUGAAGCCAAUGACUUAGCCUUACGCUUGGCUCGGCAGUUCAGAGGCCACCAAGAUGUGAUCACUCUUGACCAUGCUUACCAUGGUCACCUAUCAUCUUUAAUUGAGAUCAGUCCAUACAAAUUCCGAAAGGGCAAAGAUGUCAAAAAAGAAUUUGUGCAUGUGGCACCAACUCCAGAUACUUACAGAGGAAAAUACAGAGAAGAUCAUGCAGACCCAGCCGGCGCUUAUGCAGAUGAAGUGAAGAAAAUUAUUGAAGAAGCUCAUAACAGUGGAAGGAAGAUUGCUGCCUUUAUUGCUGAAUCCAUGCAGAGUUGUGGCGGACAAAUAAUUCCUCCAGCAGGCUACUUCCAGAAAGUGGCAGAAUAUGUACACAGAGCAGGAGGUGUGUUUAUAGCUGAUGAAGUUCAGGUGGGCUUUGGCCGAGUUGGGAAACAUUUCUGGAGCUUCCAAAUGCAUGGUGAAGAUUUUGUUCCAGACAUUGUCACAAUGGGGAAACCAAUGGGCAAUGGCCACCCAAUGGCAUGCGUUGUAACAACCAAAGAAAUUGCAGAGGCCUUCAGCAGUUCUGGGAUGGAAUACUUCAAUACGUAUGGAGGAAAUCCAGUAUCUUCUGCUAUUGGUUUGGCUGUCCUGAAUGUAAUUGAAAGUGAAGACCUUCAAGGAAAUGCCACAAGAGUGGGGGAUUAUCUUACUGAAUUACUCAAUAAACAGAAGGCUAAACAUACUUUAAUAGGAGAUAUCAGGGGCAUUGGCCUGUUUAUCGGAAUUGACUUGGUGAAGGACCAGCAGAAAAGGACCCCCGCCACAGAUGAGGCUCAACAUGUCAUCUACAAGAUGAAAGAAAAGCAAGUGCUUCUCAGUGCCGACGGACCUCAUAGAAAUGUGCUUAAAAUAAAACCACCUAUGUGCUUCACUGAAGAAGAUGCCAAGUUUAUGGUGGACCAACUCGAUGAGAUUCUAACAGUUGUGGAAGAAGCCAUUGGAGCCAAAAGUGAGAGUGUGACCUCUGAGAAUACUCCGUGCAGAACAAAGAUGCCUAACGAAGCACAGUCGGAAUUGCUCAGUGAAGGCACCUCGGAUCCCAGAGAAAAUCCCAGCCGAAAGAGAAAUGGAUUGUGCACAGAUAAGCACUCGCUGCUCAGUAAGAGGCUCAAGACAUGA